AUGGAAGUGCAAAAUAUUAUUAGUGAAAAACAAAAACAUUUGAAAAUAAUUGACAAAUAUAAGUUCUGUUUUCAUAAAUGUUUGGCUAAUAAUAUUCAACGUUGGAAAUGUACCGUUAAAAUAUGUAUAUCAUCUUUAAAAAUUAACAAAAAUUAUAUUUUACUUAACGUGUGUGAUACUGACCACAACCACGAUGCACUAUCUGAAGCAGUUAUAAAUCGACAAAUUGUAAGUAAUUUUCUUAAGCGAAAAAGUACACAAGAGUUAUUUGAAAGACCAGCUAAACAAAUGCAUCGACAUUUAAAAGAAAGUAUUGAUAUCAGUGUUAAAAGUACAUUAGCAAUUAUAGGUAUUCGCUACAUAAAAAAUUAUUUAUAUCGAGCUCAAAGUGAACAACUACCAAAAUUGCCAACGAAUAUUUUAAAUGUCCAUUCAGCAUUAAAUGCUAUUGACUGUAUUACAAACGAAAAGAACCUUUUUUGUUUUUAA